CUCCUAGCUAGGAAGUUAUAUGCCUUGCUACGUUGCCCCUAUUAGCUGCUGCACGCGCUAUCUGCUGUACACGCGCUAUUUGCCGCACCUAAAUCCAUACAGGUAUUAUUAGUAUAUUAGUUACCGUUCCUUUAAACCUGGCUAAUAUAGAUCUAUUAUAAGUCAAGCUGCUAUCCACAACCAAGGUCAUCCUAGCAUCAGGACCUAACUGGAAAUUGUGGAUCAACCAGAUCAAAACCCACGCGGAAAGCCUGCGCGUCUGGCAAUACGUCGAUCCCGAUGCCACUACUCGUCUUCCCGUGAAGGCCGCGCCUAUUAAGCCUACUAUUCGGAUGGCCACGGCUACGGCUAGCACGUACACGGCUAGCACGGCCACAGCAGAUGCUAGCGCCACGGAGAACGAACCUGACAUUACCGAGCUCAGCAAUAAGCAAUACAAGAAGUACAACAGGCUGGUUAAGAAGUAUACUAUGGAGGAAAAGGCCUACAAAAAGCAUAUUACAGCCCUGUUCUCCGUACAAACAAGAAUCAGCGAAUCUGUAGUAGUAGCCCUGCAGCACUACUAUGUAGGCAAGCCCGUAUUUAAGUGGCUAGCUAUUCUCAAAGCAGCCAUAGCACCAUCAGACCAGAAUAGCAAGCUACAAUUUCUCGUGCUUUUGGCGGUCUAGUGCCUUCGUGAAGCCGUCUGCAAUUAUCGCGGCUGUAGGUAUCCAUUUGAUUUCAAUCUCUUGCCGUUGUACUUGCUGGCGCAGCCAGAGAUGAUGAAUGUCAACGUGCUUAAGCUUGGUUUGUAGCUGCGGGCCAGCUCAUUUGAGUUGUUGCACUUUUCACG